UCUCAUCUCUUCUAUGUGAGUAUUUUAAUGUCCGGGCACCGUUGGAGUCUGAAAAUAAACAAAAUGUGACAGCAUUUACUAGGAAUUACUAGGGGCCGGCUGGCUUGCAAACAUCAACGGCCAUUUCCCUCCUUGAGCCGCAAACACCUGUUCACAUUAAACACCUCUCUCUCUCUCUCUCUCUCUCUCUCUCUACUUUUCCCUUUGUUUUCUCCACCUCUGCUCUUUCGCUUGAGCACCAUAACAAGCAAACAGUGCCUCAUCCAAUUCAGAGAGAGAGAGAGAGCAAAGAAAGAUCAAGUGAUCUAGAGAGAGAAUGUCCACCAAGUCUCCCAUAUUCCCCAUGCCUGAGCCUCACCACUUCAGUGACUACGGCUUCGACCCCCAAAUCGAUUAUUUUCAGGUGCUAGAGGAGGCACGGAAGCACAAGAGGGAGACCGCAUCAAGAUCCAUAGACGCUCUCCACUUCAGGCUCCAAAAGCCCAUCUCCAGAGACGAAUCCCACAAGAGGAUCAAGAAGACCAAGAAGCGGUGGUGGAGGAACGCCCUCCUCUUCUUCCGGCGGAAGUGGGUCCCCUGCGACGCCGACCGCGACGACGGGUACGGGGUCCACCGCUGUCGCGGCCUUAGGGGAUCCAUAUCCGGCCCAGUGUACGUAACGGAGAGCAGGAGCGGGUCCAGCACGCCGUACUUGACCACCAGCCGGCCGUCGUCGGGGCCUCUCGCCGGAACUUUGACCCCGGCGAGAAAGGGGGAGGUGGAGAUACCGUAUAUUAGUCUCAGGGAGCUGAACAUGGACUCGUCGCACAGGAUCUCAACCGUGCCCAUUUAUUUGGUGACAUAAUUUAAUUCUCUGUUUGGAUAGCAUAUAUUAUGGUUUAAGUCAUUAAUCAAGAACUUCAUUAAUCAAGAACUUGAUUUUGAUGAUAUAUAUUUUUUUAAAUAGUUUUGUUUAUGGGAUAGCAUUUUGAGGGUAGUGGCCAAAGGUGAUUUUGAUUCCCAUUGGAUUGGAGGAGUACGUUUUUCAUUUUUUUGCUUUUUAUUUUGUGUUUAUCUCUCACUUUAUUGUGUGUGGUCAAAUGUGCAACUAAUGAAAAAUUGUGCUUUCACCGGAUCAA